AUGCCUUCAAAUCCAAAGAACUAUACAGAUCCCGAGCUACGCGAAGAGGUCAAGAACGAAGUCCAGCAGGGCGACAAAGGCGGAAAACCGGGACAAUGGUCCGCACGCAAGGCGCAAUUGACGGCCUCGGAGUACAAGGCUCGCGGGGGUGACUAUACUACAUCAAAAGAGGAGAAGAGGCCGGAGCAGAAGAAUCUUGAAAAGUGGACAGGAGAGGAGUGGCAAACUAAAGAAGGAUCUGGGACAGCGAAACAGGACGAUGGAACUCGCAAGCGGUAUUUGCCUAAGAAGGCGUGGGAGGAGCUAGACGAGGGGGAGAAGGAAAAAACGGAGGAGAAGAAGGCGGAGGGUUCAAAGAAGGGGAAGCAGUUUGUGGGCAAUACAGCGGCGGCAAAGAGGAAGAGAAAGGAAGUUAGCAAGGAUCAGGAAGAUGAGAAAGAGCCAGAGGAUGAGAGCGAUGAAGAAGCAGUAGAUGGGGCGGAGGACGACAGUGCAAGCGAGGAGAAACCGGCAGCAGACGACGACGCUGUACUUGACGAAGAGGAGGAAGGGGAGGAGGAUGAGAGGGAAGAAGACCGUGAAGAAGACGAAGAGGUUGAAGAUCAGGAAUUAGAAGACGAUUUUGAAGUCGAUACACCAGAGGGCGAGCAACCAGACAAAAAGCGCCAGAAAAAGGAUUAA